AUGAGAGACACGGGAAAGAGAUUAGAAUUCUACUUCACACGCGAAUUUUCUACGAAAAACAACCAUCGAAAUGAAAACAUGAUGCACGGUAAUUUGAAAACGGCAGGAGAAAAAGUCGAAAGAAAACAUUUCAAGGUUGAAAGGAAACAUUUCUUGUACAACGCGCAACAUGUUAAAGGCUUUAAUGUUUCGAAUUUAUUAAGGGAAGCAAAAACACAAUAUUAA